AUGGCGACUGACACCGAGAGGUGUAUUUUCCGUGCAUUCGGCCAAGAUUUUAUCCUAAAUAAACAUUUUCAUUUGACAGGUAAGAUUGGUCGGGGCUCACACAGCCUUAUUUGUUCUUCAACUUACACAGAAUCGAACGAGGAAACUCACGUGGCUAUCAGAAAAAUACCAAACGCGUUUGGCAAUAAACUAUCUUGCAAGAGAACUCUUCGUGAAUUGAAACUACUAAGACAUUUAAGAGGGCACCCAAAUAUAGUGUGGCUCUUCGAUACUGAUAUAGUAUUUUACCCAAAUGGGGCACUAAAUGGCGUUUAUUUAUAUGAAGAACUAAUGGAAUGUGACCUUUCUCAAAUUAUAAGGUCCGAACAACGCCUGGAAGACGCACACUUUCAAAGCUUCAUAUAUCAGAUACUGUGUGCUCUGAAAUACAUACAUUCUGCUAAUGUUUUACAUUGUGACCUGAAACCAAAAAACUUACUUGUUAAUAGUGAUUGCCAACUAAAAAUUUGUAAUUUUGGGCUAUCGUGUAGUUAUUCAGAAAACCACAAGGUUAACGACGGCUUCAUUAAGGGUUAUAUAACCUCGAUAUGGUAUAAAGCACCAGAAAUUUUGCUGAAUUAUCAAGAAUGCACAAAAGCUGUCGAUAUUUGGUCAACAGGCUGUAUCUUGGCCGAACUACUUGGUAGGAAACCAAUGUUUGAAGGGAAGGAUUAUGUAGAUCAUUUGAAUCAUAUUCUACAAAUACUUGGAACACCACCUGAGGAAACAUUGCAGGAAAUUGCCUCUCAAAAGGUGUAUAAUUAUAUCUUUCAGUUCGGUAAUAUCCCGGGAAGAUCGUUUGAAAGCAUACUACCUGGUGCUAAUCCAGAAGCGCUUGAAUUGCUAAAGAAAAUGCUAGAAUUUGAUCCUAAAAAAAGGAUUACUGUAGAGGAUGCACUAGAGCAUCCAUAUUUGUCAAUGUGGCAUGAUAUAGAUGAGGAAUUCUCAUGUCAAAAGACCUUUAGAUUCGAAUUCGAGCAUAUCGAAAGUAUGGCGGAAUUAGGAAACGAAGUUAUAAAGGAAGUAUUUGAUUUCAGGAAAGUUGUUAGAAAACAUCCUAUUAGCGGUGAUUCCCCAUCAUCAUCACUAUCUUUAGAGGAUGCCAUUCCUCAAGAAGUUGUACAGGUCCAUCCUUCUAGGAAAGUUUUACCCAGUUAUAGUCCUGAAUUUUCCUAUGUAAGCCAACUUCCAUCACUAACUACAACCCAGCCAUAUCAAAACCUUAUGGGAAUAAGCUCUAAUUCAUUUCAGGGUGUUAACUAA